AUGGAGGACCUCAGUCUGCUGCAACAGAAUGUCCUUGAAAAAUACAAGAAAUUAGCACAAGUUCUGCAUUCACUUGAUGAAACUUUCAAGAAGUUCAAUAGCAGCGACCAUAGUGAUGUAUCACCUGAAUCAAUAUUGCAGCAGAUUAGGGAUAUUGAAAUCAAAAUAGCACAAAUAGGUACGCUACUGAAAGGUAGUGUAUACUCAUUAAUCCUACAGCGCAGGCAGCAAAUAAAGGGUAGUUCUGGAUAA